AUGGCAGAGAACAAGGACAUCGAAACCGCCAUCAGAAGGCUCGCCUCUGUAACAAACCACCUCCGUUCCUCUCACACCGCACCCUCCGAGCUGGCCUUGUCCCGCACUUCCACUGCCAACAACAGCUUCAGGCGCGUUCACGGCCAAGUCCCCUCUCACGACGUCAUUUGGAGGACCGCUUCCGAUGACCACGCCAAGGACUUCACGGACAUUGUGUACGAGAAGGCCGUUGGGGAAGGAAUAGCCAAGAUAAGUAUUAAUAGGCCAGAGAGAAGGAACGCUUUCCGCCCCCACACGGUGAAGGAGCUCAUGCGUGCUUUCACUGACGCCAGGGAUGAUUCCUCUAUUGGAGUCGUCAUUUUCACUGGCAAAGGAACCAAGGCAUUUUGUAGUGGUGGUGACCAGGCUUUGAGGACUGACGAUGGCUAUUCUGAUGAUGGAGAUUUUAGUAACCUUAAUGUGUUAGACUUGCAGGUGCAAAUACGCCGCCUCCCUAAGCCAGUGAUUGCAAUGGUAGCAGGUUAUGCUGUUGGAGGAGGGCAUAUACUACAUAUGGUCUGUGAUCUAACUAUUGCAGCAGAUAAUGCUAUCUUUGGCCAAACUGGUCCUAAGGUUGGAAGCUUUGAUGCUGGUUAUGGAAGUUCUAUCAUGUCUCGUUUGGUAGGUCCAAAAAAAGCGCGUGAAAUGUGGUUCCUCACAAGGUUCUAUGACGCUGUUGAAGCAGAGAAAAUGGGCCUUGUCAACACUGUUGUACCACUUGAGAAUUUGGAGAAAGAAACGAUAAAAUGGUGUCGGGAGAUACUGAGGAACAGUCCAACAGCUAUUCGGGUGAUAAAAUCAGCUCUUAAUGCAGUGGAUGAUGGACAUUCUGGACUUCAGGAACUUGGAGGAAAUGCAACACUUAUAUACUAUGGCUCCGAGGAAGCUAAAGAGGGGAAGAAUGCAUAUUUGCAACGUAGGCGCCCUGAUUUUUCCAAGUUCAAACGGCGACCUUAA